GCGGGAGAGCCGCGACAGCUCGGGCAGCGCCCAGGCCGACAUGAGGGGCUGUGGCGGCGCGGCCCGCGAGCAGCCGGCCGGGUGGUGCCUUCCUGACUGACGCUGGCGGGGAGCCCCGAUGAGCCGCUGACUUCUGUCCACCUGGGUCGCCAGGAGAAGCCUGCGAUGUCCCAGACAAGGGAUUAUGAAUGCGAGAGCCAUGACGCUGGCGCGCAGGAGCCCCGGGCUGCAGGGUCGAGCACGAGGCUGGAGUGGGUGGAGAUCAUUGAGCCACGCACCCGUGAGCGCAUGUACGCCAACCUGGUCACCGGCGAGUGCGUGUGGGACCCGCCCGCCGGUGUCCGCAUCAAGCGCACCAGCGAGAACCAGUGGUGGGAGCUGUUUGACCCCAACACAUCCCGCUUCUACUACUACAACGCCAGCACGCAGCGCACCGUGUGGCACCGGCCGCAGGACUGCGACAUCAUCCCCCUCGCCAAGUUGCAGACCCUGAAGCAGAACACCGAGUCCCCCCGCGCCUCAGCGGAGAACAGCCCCGGGAGGGCCAGCAGCGUCAGCCGUGAGGGCAGCACCAGCUCGUCCCUGGAGCCUGAGCUGGACGCUGGCGAGAAGGCACAGGAGCCUUUGGGGAGGGCCAGCCGGCAGGCCGCCUUUGGGGCUCUGAAGGACGAGAGCGGCAGCUCUUCCCCACCAGGAGUGUUCCUCGAGAAGGACUAUGAGAUUUACCGGGAUUAUAAUGUGGACGGCCAGCUUCUUCACUACAGGACCUCCUCACUUCGGUGGAAUUCGGGCACUAAGGAGCGCAUGCUCAUCAAAGUUGCUGACCGGGAGCCCAGCUUCCUUUCCUCCCAGGGCAAUGGCUAUGCCCUAGACAGCCACGCCAGCAGCCGCUCCCGCAGACCCUCAGGUGGGCAACACUCACCCAGCCUACAGACGUUCGCCCAGGACUCUGACGGCCCCAUCUUCUUUCCUGAACGGCGGCCUUCACCCUUCCUGAAGAGGGCUGAGCUAGGGAGUUGCUCCCCACUGCUGGCCCAGCCACGCAAGCCCACCAGUGACUCCCAGCCCUCCUCCCCACGCUACGCCUAUGAGCCCCCACUCUACGAGGAGCCCCCUGUGGAGUACCAGGCCCCCAUCUACGAUGAGCCCCCCAUGGACGUCCAGUACGAGGCUGGCGGGGGCUACCAGGCCGGCUCACCGCAGCGGUCUCCAGGCCGCAAGCCAGCCCCCUUCCCCCAGUCUCCCAAGCAGGGCUCCUCUUCACCCUCCCAGCAGCUGGUGCUGACCCGGCAGAGGUGCCCAGACCGCUUCCUGAGCCUGGAGUACAGCCCCGCCGGCAAGGAGUACGUGAGGCAGCUUGUGUACGUGGAACAGGCGGGCUCCAGCCCCAAGCUGCGCGCAGGCCCGAGGCACAAGUACGCUCCUGGUCCCGGAGGAGGCUCGCUCCCCCUGCAGCCCAGCCCCUGCCUGCUGCGGGACCAGCGCCUGGGGGUCUCCUCCGGGGACUACAGCAGCAUGGAGGGGCCCGAGCCGCGGCACACCCAGCCACCCAUGCAGGUGCCCCAGGCCCAGGAUGACAGUAUGUCCUGGUCCAGCCAGCAGGACACAAUGUCCUCAACCAGCUACUCCCCGGGCACACGCAAGAGGAAGAGCAGGAACCCUUCUCUGUGCCGCGCCCCCAGCACCUCGGCCACCGAAGGCGCCGGGGACCGCGAUCUCCUCGGGGAGCAGCCCCUGGCCGAGGAGCGGCCUCUGUGCGGGCCCAGCCUGGCCCCCGUGAAGCGGGCGGAGGGCAAGACGGGCGAGGCCGAGCCUUUCCUGGCGCAGGCGCGGCUGGCCUGGGAGGCGCAGCAGGCCCACUUCCACAUGAAGCAGCGGGGCAGCUGGGACUCCCAGCAGGAUGGCUCAGGCUACGAGAGCGACGGCGCUGUGCCCCUGCCCAUGCCGGGGCCCGUGGUGCGUGCCUUCAGUGAGGACGAGGCGCUGGCCCAGCAGGAUGGCAAGCACUGGCAGAGGGGCGCCUUGGAGAGGCUGGCUUUCCCCCAAAUCCUGCUUGAGAAAAGCGUCUCCGUGCAGACCAACCUGGCCUCGCCAGAGCCCUACCUUCACCCCUCACAGUCCGAGGAUCUCGGCUCCUGUGCCCAGUUUGAGAGUAGCCGGCAGGCCCGCAGCGUCAUGCCCAGUGCCAGCUGUGUGUUCCCCCCCUUCACACUGCGCAAGCCGUCCUCAGAGACCGACAUCGAGAACUGGGCCUCCAAGCACUUCAACACGCACACCCAGGGCCUCUUCCGGCGGAAGGUGUCCAUCGCCAACAUGCUGGCCUGGAGCAGUGAGUCCAUCAAGAAGCCCAUGAUUGUGACCAGCGACCGCCACGUGAAGAAGGAGGCCUGUGAGAUCUUUAAACUGAUCCAGAUGUACAUGGGUGACCGGCGCGCCAAGGCCGACCCUCUGCACGUAGCCCUGGAGAUAGCCACCAAGGGCUGGAGCGUGCAGGGCCUGCGGGACGAGCUAUACAUCCAGCUGUGCCGGCAGACCACGGAGAACUUCCGCCUCGAGAGCCUGGCCCGCGGCUGGGAGCUCAUGGCCAUCUGCUUGGCCUUCUUCCCACCCACACCCAAGUUCCACUCUUACCUGGAGGGCUACAUCUACCGGCACAUGGACCCCGUCAAUGACACCAAAGUGACGCGGCAUAUGAAAGCGCUCCUGGAAAGGAACACUAAGAAGAAGUCCAAGUUGAGAAAGAAACCCAAGCCUUAUGUUGAGGAACCGGAUGGGGUGGCGAUAAGCACCUACGCCAAGUACUGUUACCACAAGCUACAGAAGGCAGCCCUGACUGGGGCCAAGAAGGGGCUGAAGAAGCCCAACGUGGAGGAAAUCCGGCAUGCCAAGAACGCUGUGUUCAGCCCGUCCAUGUUUGGCAGCGCCCUGCAGGAGGUCAUGAGCAUGCAGAAGGAGCGGUACCCGGAGCGGCAGCUGCCUUGGGUACAGACACGUCUGUCUGAGGAGGUGCUGGCACUCAACGGCGACCAGACAGAAGGCAUCUUCAGAGUCCCUGGGGACAUUGACGAGGUGAAUGCCCUGAAGCUGCAGGUCGACCAGUGGAAGGUGCCCACCGGCCUGGAGGACCCCCACGUGCCUGCUUCGCUCCUGAAGCUGUGGUAUCGGGAGCUGGAGGAGCCCCUGAUCCCGCACGAGUUCUACGAGCAGUGCAUCGCGCACUACGAGAACCCCGAGGCCGCCGUGGCCGUGGUGCACGCGCUGCCGCGCAUCAACCGCCUGGUGCUGUGCUACCUCAUCCGCUUCCUUCAGGUGUUCGUGCAGCCCGCCAACGUGGCCGUCACCAAGAUGGACGUCAGCAACCUGGCCAUGGUGAUGGCGCCCAACUGCCUGCGCUGCCGAUCCGACGACCCGCGCGUCAUCUUCGAGAACACGCGCAAGGAGAUGUCGUUCCUCCGCGUGCUCAUCCAGCACCUGGACACCAGCUUCAUGGAGGGCGUGCUAUAGCGCGGGGAGGGGGGCCCAGGGACCGAGGGUGGGGACAGAGCCGACGCUCGGGGGGGCGCCCGGGCAGGGGAGCACGCGGGGAGGGGGGAGGGAACGCCCUAGCCGCGGAGGCAGCAUGCCAGGCUCCGCCCAUGCCCGCCCCAGCCCUGGAACGCCCCCACCACCCUCUCCCCCCAC